AUGGAUUUACUUAGUUUGGGAUCCCAGUCUCGGAAGACUGGGAUCAAACCCAGAAGCAAUAUGCGUAAAGAUAGGUAUAACAUGGAAGACAUAGACGAUUUUUUUGAGGACGAAAGUGGCAGUGAUGAGGGAGGCUCGGAAAGCGAUGGCAAGGGUCACGGAAACAGAUACAUAUCUAGUAAUAAGCCUCAGGGAAGACGUCUGCUGCAGUGGACACAAACCCGUGCUUCAGAAGACAGAGACAGCAUAAUUGCACGGAAAAUCAAUUUUACUGAUGAUGAAGCCGACAAGUUUGACCUCAGUCCGAUUGGUAAUAUUCACCGUCGUAAAAGCUAUAGUCUAAAAUCGCCGCUACUGGAACAAGGUUCACCUCCUGGUGAACAAUACUCACUUGAACAACAAGAUAAUAUGCUUGAACCUGAGAUGAGCUAUGACGACUUGAACAAUAAUAUCCUCGAUGAGCUUGAUGAAGGAGUGGAUUUUGAAUUAGCAAGAGUUCCAGAAGAGACUGAAGUAUCUAGCAAAUCCAUUUCAUCACUUACAAAGAACAUGGCAUUGGGCCGUACUACUAACUCGAAACGAAUUCGUAAGAGAACUCCGGUGGUCACCCCAGCUCCUGUGGUUGUGUCGAUCAGACCAUCUCCACUUCCAUCUCCACCCCCAGAUGGGCUCAGGCGAAGCAGAAGAACAAAGAUUCAGCCGUUGGCAUUCUGGAGGAACGAGCGUGUUAUCUAUUCCAAAUCAUAUGAUGAUGAAGCCGAUCCGGAUAUAACACUUGUAAGAGAUACUCACAAUAUCCCCCUCCAAGAAAUUAAAGAGAUCAUUCACGUACCGGCACCAACUACUUCAUUUGCACGAGGUAAAACUUCUAAGAGUACAUCAAGAAGAAACAAGACAAAGAAAUCAUCUUCAGUUUCGGAUUCACCAUCAAACUCAGCCAAACAAGCUCCUACAGAACUUGAUUACGAUUAUGAAUCUGAUCCUGGAAUACUGGGAAGCGAAUGGUUCGAAGAUAACUCUUUGCUGUUACCAGUUUACGAAUCAAAUGAUUCCGAAUCCACUAAAACCCAACCUGUUGCCUUUACACACAACUUCUCAAAGUGGCUUGAAGAUCCCCCUGAAUCAUCUGGUUCUUCUAUUGAUAAUUAUAAGUUGGCAACUGUGUUCAAAGAUAAUUCUCCUGUUGCCGGAGCCCUCUUUGAAUUUCCUGUUGAAGGAUUCAAAUCCAGCAAGAAUAGUGGUAAUUGCAUUUACGUAUUUCACGUUAUCAAGGGCCUUCUUGAGGUCAAUCUCUCCAAUCACACAUUUGUGGUUACGAGGGGUUGCACUUUCCAAGUCCCUCGUGGAAACACUUACGGCAUAAUUAACAUUGGUAAUGGAAAUGCCAAAGUCUUAUGCGUUCAAUCCAUGGUCAGCGAGUGA